UGACGUCCCGCCUUUUAAUUAAAAUGAUAUUAUAAAAAAAUACACUUUAAUCAAUGGCCGUUAAAGUUAGCUGAUAUAAUGAGGUAUUUGGGAGCAUGCGAUGCAUAAAUCUACCCUGAUUGCUUGCUCUCCCUCAGUCCGCCCCCCCCACUCUCUUUCUCUCCCUCAUACAAGUGUUCACUUGCAAGCGUUUCCACCAGUGCGCACCACAGCAGCGCUUCUCUUCACAGCUCCUGGUGGCUCAAAAGAGGGGGGCGGUGAAAGGAAAGCAGAAAACACGUUUGAGGACAUUUGGGACAUUUUCGGGAGUCGCCGAGGAAGAGCCUUUCGGAGCUUUUGGAGCGCGCCAUGGCCUCCAAGGAGACCACAGCGUCGGCUUUUGCCAGCGUCAGCAGGGAAAUCACAGAGAGCAUCAGGAAGGUGCUGGACAAGCAGGCCAUUAAGUUUGUGCGAGCCAUCAAACAGGACGCCAGGAGCGGUAAAUCAGAAGACCGGAUUCUGGUCCUGGCAACAUGGAGACUGUAUCUCUUUGCUGUCAAAGUGCCCACCAAGGUGGAAGUCACGUUCAACUUCUUGGAAAUCCGUGCAAUGAACACAUAUCAAGAGCAUCAGGUUGUAAUCGAUACAGACAAGACCACCUAUUCGCUGAGACUGGAGACCCAGGACCAUUUGGAUCACAUGGUCAGUCACAUCAACCACGCCCUCUCCAGAGUCUUCAACAACUCCAUUUAUGCUCCGCCAAUUUGUCGAGCAGAAGGUGACAUCAGUGAUGGAAUUCACCAGUUUUCACCAAUGUCCGAAUCCCCGUUAGACCCCCAGAAGACCUGUGGAGGAUUUUCUGAGACGUAUGCGGCGCUUUGUGACUACAAUGGCAUUGGAUGCAAAGAAGAAGUGCAGUGGGAUGUUGACACCAUCUACCACUCCCAGGACAACCGGGAAUUCAAUUUAAUGGAUUUCAGCCACCUUGACAGCAGGGAUCUGGCUGUGAUUGUGGCAUCCAUUGCGUACAACACCUGGUUCACCAAGCUGUACUGCAAAGACAUGCGCAUUGGAUCAGAGGUGGUGGACCAGGUCCUUCAUGCAGUCAGCAAGUCCAACAGUCUGGAAGAACUCACUCUGGAAAAUGCUGGACUGAAGUCGGAUUUUCCCCAGAAAAUGGCUUCAGCACUCUCAGAGAACCCAGCCUCCAUGAUUCACUCUCUCAACCUGGCUCACAACACGCUUGACAACCAAGGAGUUUCCAACCUGAUUCAACAAGUGUGUCGGCUCAACAAGGGCCUCCGCCUCCUGAAUCUCUCCAAGACCUCCUUGUCCUCCAAAGGUGUGGUGUCUCUGUCCCAGGCAUUGUGUUCAAGUGACGAUUACUCCAACUCUCUGCUGCACCUGGACCUGAGUAAAAACCCCGGGGUUCUGUCAGGAGAGGAUGCCACAAAUCUCUACCUGUUCCUCGCCCAGCCCAACUGUCUAGUCCAUUUGGACUUGUCUGGAACGGACUGCACAGUGGACUCGUUGUUUGGAGCCUUGCUGAGAGGCUGCUGUGCUGACCUUUCCUAUCUGAACCUAUCCAAGAACUGCUUCUCGCACAGGAAAGCCAGAGAUUCACUGCCAACUUUUCGCCAGUUCUUCAGCUCUGCAUUCAGCCUGACUCAUGUCAGCCUGGCGUCCAUGAAGGUUCCUCCUGAUUGGCUGAGGGCUCUGUUCUUAGGCCUGUCCAACAACCCUCACAUCGCUGAUCUGCAGUUGGACAUCAGCGGCUGCGAGUUGAGGUCUGCAGGUGCCGGUGUUAUCCAGGAACUUUUUCCAAGGGUUUCGUGUGUCGGGACGUUAGAUAUCUCAGAUAACGGCUUGGAUUCUGACUUGCUCGCUGUCAUCCCUGCAUUCUCAAGACACCCCUCCCUCAAACACCUGAUGCUGGGGAAGAACUUCAACAUCAAGGGCAGGGUUCUGGAUGAAAUCCUGCAGAAACUGGUUCAUUUGGUGCAAGAGGAAGAGUGUGUUUUGCAGUCUCUGUCCUUGGCUGAUUCGCGGCUCCGCCAGAGGGGCACAGUGCUGGUCAACGCUCUGGGCUCCAACGCAUGCCUGCGCAAGGUGGACCUGAGCGGCAACGGCCUGGAAGAUUCUGGCGCCAAGAUGCUCAGCAAAGCCCUGCAAAUUAACACAACGCUCAGGAGUGUUACAUGGGAUCGCAACAACACCACAGCAUCAGGGUUCCAAGAUGUGGCAAGAGCGCUGGAGCACAACUUUACGCUGCAGUACAUGCCCCUGCCCCUCAGUGAUGUCACUCAGGCGUACCGCAGCGCCCCAGAGAGGACAGACCAAGCUCUGACCAAGAUCCAGCGUGCCCUGCUGAGAAACAACCAGACCCAGCGUUUCUCUCAGAAGCAGGCCCUCAGGCUGCACCAGGGUCUCGUCACCAGCACAGCUGAGCAGGUGAUGGAGCGUUUGUGUGUGCGGGUGCAGCAGCAGGUUUGUGUCCUGAAAGGCUCCGAGGAAGCAGAGGAAGUCCAGACAGCCAGGCAGAUCCUGAAGGAAGCCAGGAACUCGAGAGCUUUGUAUCCGUCCUUGUGCGAGUUGGCCCAUGUGCUGUCAGUGGACGGCCCCAUCAGACAACGACUGGACACUUUGGUGGGGGAGCUGGCGAAGGCUGCCGACAAAGAACUGCAGGUGGUGGUGGACUCCAUGGUGUCCCUCUGCCGGGAGUUGUGUCCCAUGUCCUGCUCAGCUGCCGAGAGACUCAGCCCGUCUCUUUCAUCCAUUUCCGAGCAGGUUUUGAUCCCUCGCUCGGCCAUUCGCAACGCCCUCAUGGAAAGAGCGUCGGAAGAUAUUAACAGAGCCCUCGAGGAGGUGAAGUUGUCUGUGGUCUCCUAUUUAACCAACUCCAUUGUGGAUCAGAUUCUGCAAGAACUCUACACCACGCAUAAAACACUGGUACUGCUGCGGCAGGUGUCUCAGACAAAGCGUUGGGACAAUGCGGGGACAGGAAGACAUACAAUCAGACAGUCCAGGAUCAUGGAGUCUCUGGAAUUCCCUGAUGAGGACGUGGGUGUCACCUUGGGAAUAGACACUAUGGCUAUUAAGAAGCGGAGCUCCAGAACCAGAAGAAUCCGUCCUGUCUCCACCAGACCAAGUCUCGGAGAUGAACCCAAUUCCUCCCCAAUCCCUUCUGCUCCUCCACCCUCUGCCCAUCUUCCCCACUCCGCAUCGUGGGAGUGUCUGUCCACCCUUCCUACCAAUGGCUCGCCCUUACGCCACGUGACCCAUGUAAGGCCCCGUCCUCCGCGGAGACACAGGGCAGGGCACCUUCCCCCUGAAUUUCCUUGCUCUGAGAAUGGAGGGGUCAGUGUCCUGGAGGAUGGACUGCCGGACUUCUACAGCAAGAGAGUCCUGCCUGACAGUCAGCUGUCAUCCAUCCAUCAGGCCCAGUCACUGAGGAGGAAAAAGAGACGCAGCGUGUUGUCCAUUUUUUCCGGUUUCCGUAGGAACCGCAAUUCCACCAUAUCCAACCAGGAGUUGGACAGCACCGCAGAGAACGUCUACUCAAUGAUUCAGCACCCAAAGGACGCAGGGAGGACAGAUAAUACCGUGCAUGGCGCAAAUGGGGCCAUGCCCUCGCCUCGCGUAGGACAGGGUGGUCCCGUGCAAGACCUGAGGCCCACCAGCCCCUCCUGCCUCAUCCAGCGACAGUCCACCGAUCUGGUCAGUAUGGUGUACAGCUGCAUAGGCGCUGACAUUGAGGAAUCGGACACCAGCAGCACCUGUGACAUGAAAACAAUGGAUCAAGACACUGACAGGUCAACCGGCGCCUUGGAGAUCCCGGCAGACAACGGGCGCAUGGCGUCCUCCAAGCAGCUGGUGGAGAUAGGCAGGCAGGAGAGGAUCGUACCGCUGACUGGCCUACAAAGUGACAUGGAUGAGGACACACACGGUGGCGACAAAGGAGGAAGCGGAGCUCCUUGUGGUCCAAGGCCGGAGCCUCCACCUCAGUGCACCAAGCCCAGUCUUGCUGCUAUGCGGCAGAGACACCUGCAGGAGAGUUUAGAGGCAGGAAGGCUUGAAGCAGAAGAACAGAAUGAAAGAAAACGUGAGGGGAAAGAAAAAGCACGAGGACCAGAAGGGCAGCGUCCUCUCAUUCCUGUGAAGCCCAGUCUCGACCUCUCAAGAGACAAAACCUCUCCAGAAAAUGCCAAGAUCUCUCCCAAAAUCUCACCUGUCAGUCAAGAAGGAGCUGAGCCUGUCAGUCAUGACGUUGUCACCAAUGAGAGGAGCCUGCCAGUAUCAGCCAAGCCUCAAAAGGAUUCAGCUGCUGACCCUGCUCUUAGUGAAGAUAAUAAUGAAGGUCGCAAUGGAUUCCCAGAUCUAUCACGCAGCACAAGGAAGUCCAACUCGUUUGACACAGGCAUGGAGCAGGGAAGUCACAACGAUCUGGAAAGGUUUUCAGAUCCUAGAUUCUCUGUGAGAAAACCUUAUUUCCCUCGGCACAGAAACAGAUCUCUGGACUACCCCGCUGGGACCAGGUGUAUGUAUCUGUUUGCCUUCCUGCAUGUAACAGUUUGCAAAACCGUUGAUGCUGAAUCCACAGAAAAACUGCUCAAAAAAUAAAAAGGAACAUACAGUCAAGUCGUUCCCUGCGGCAUCAACCUGCCCAGUUAGGAAGCAAUAACAAUGGUGAAUCAUUUCCAACCACUCCUCUGGGAUGACACAUCUCUGCAGUGUGGCGAGAGGGUUAGCAGACACUCCCUGCACAGUUUUAAGAGCAUGGAGGCGACACCAGUAUGUGCAAGGGGUUAAAAGGAAAGAAAAAAGCUCUGCAAAUUGACUUUCUGCAGGCCACUCUUGUUUCGGCCCAACCUGUCAGAAACAGACUCCAUGAGGGUGGUAUGGGCCUACCUGCCUCAGAUUACCAUUUGCCAGAGAACACCAGAACUGAAAGAUUCACAAGUCAUAGCCAUGAGAGAGUCGGGAGUCACUGGAGAUAAGUUCCGCUGUCUACAAUAUCUACCCGUUUGAAGGUGGGUCGGUGAUGGUCUGGGGAGGCAUUGGCCUUGGAGGAACCGUACAAACCUCAGUAUGGAAGCCAGAGGUACCUUGAGUGUUGGUCAUAGACACUCGGAUUUGAUCUUCAAACCUACUGACAGACAGUUCCUUCUGGUGCUGGAGUGUCAGCAGUAUUGGGAUGACAAAAGCACUGAUUAAAGACUAAAGACUAGUUACUGGGCAGACUAUUCCGCAUUCCAAUGGCCAGAUUUCUUCUCGGCAGACACUGUGAGGGCCAGAUCUGUUAAAAAAAAAAAAAAAAAAAAAAUUGUUGUUGGCAUCCAUCAGUCUCGGAAGACUGGUAGUUGCGCAUUGCAUUAGUCUGUCAUGAGGUUGCAAACCCUACUGUGACUGUGCAGUCCAAUCCUGUGCUGGUCUGGGUGCUGCUGGGUGCCCUUUGCUCAGUUCUGCUUUUUCGAUACCGCCUUCACGGUGGACCGCCGGUCCUAUGUUUCCGGGUCUGCCGGAUCGAUGCCGCCUGCCCUCAGAUCACGCUUACAGACGAAAGGAUUUCUGCGUCAAUGUUGUGAUGUUUAUUCUAAAAGUGCGUUUCGGUGCUGCCAACUCUUUCGAUUCUGCGGAAGACUCCCGGAAAUUUCUUGUCUACCGACACCCAGCCUGAAGCUAUAAAACAUCCGGAUUGUGAGAUGUUUUUAUGUGGAUAUCAAGUACCAUAUCUUUUGCGCAGACAUUGAAUGGAUGACUAGAAGGUGGUCGAUCAGCAAUCCCUUUAUUUAAACCAACAGGUUACUUUUGACACAGUCAGGAUUCUGGAAGAUCUGGGUUCAUAUCUCCAUUUGGGCAUCUCUGUGUGGAGUUUGCAUGUUCUCCCCGUGCGUGUGUGGGUUUUCUCCGGGUUCUCCGGUUUCCUCCCACAUUCCAAAAACAUGUACUGUAUGUUAGGUUAAUUAGCGACUGUUCCUGAUGUGGUUUUACACAUCACAUAAUAAAUAAAUAAAGAGCAUUUCAUCGCUAUAAUGUACGACGACCAACCACCAUCCACCCCACCAGCCGGUCCGUGGGUCCAAAAAGGUUCAGGACCACAGUUCCAUGUGAUGUGUACACCUCGCUGUUGCCCCCUGCAGAGUGGAGGAAGUACUGCACCAACGGUCACUUCUGGAGUUAGACUGAAAGGUUUACGUUAUUUGGAUGAUGUUUGGCAGGCCAAAUGAAAAGCUUUGGCGUGCCAAAAAUGGCCUGGGGCCACCUGCUCAAGCGCAUCAUGUGCAUUCACUGUCACCACGUUGCACCGCAGAAUGUCCAAGAGAGGUCCUGAUUCACUUCAGUCAUGAAAUCCCCAAGGAGACCAUCCAUUGUGAAACCAGUCCUCAGAUUUAUUACACUAUGGAAUCAACAAAGAUGGCAUUCAUCUAAAUCUAGCACGUGUGUUUAAGUGUUCCCUUUAUGUUUUUGAGCAGUUUAGUUUAGGUUUUCCAACAUUUAUUGAUUCUAAAGCCUGUUAUCUUAGUCGAUUAAUCUGUUGUAAUUAAGCUUGUUUCAAUUAAUCGAGUAAUUGGGUUAGACCCUAGACGGACCGCAUUAAUAUGAAGCCAGAGCAAACACUUGGUAGUUUGGUCUGCGACAUAUCAAGCAAAAACAUUGAUCACUGUUUUCCAGAGUCAAAGUAGAAGUGUUUAUUUUGCCCAAAACACAAAGAUAGUAGGUCUGCUUUCAUAGAUGACUAAGGAAAUGGAAAACGUUCACAUUGGAGAGGCAGAAAUCGGAGGAUAUUUACAUUUUUACAUCAAAAAACAAUCAAAAACCAAAAUAGUUGUCGAUAAUUGAAUAAUUGAUAAUCGAUUUAAUUGUUGCACUUGCAACUUUUUCUAUAUGUGUAAUCAUUUUAAUGGUCCUGUACGUGGAUGACUCACUCCACACUUACUGAACACAUGCAGUUUUGUUUUUCUGGUUAUGUCACGUCACAGUUGGCAGCUGGAGUCUCUCGCUAUUCAGAACUUCAGCGUUCCUCGGAGAGGAAAAGUCUUUUCUCAGCUCUGCUUUAACGGCAUCUGAUUGCUUUUAGAUACAGUGUUCUAUUAGUGCGGUAAUUGGCAGGCAUGGCUUCAUGAUUCACAGUCACUUUUUUUUCUUUUUUUUUUUUUUACGCUGAGCUGUCAGGCCUUGAAGAUGAAAACCUCUGCAAUAGAUUUCAAGGGCCACUAAUCACACGACUGCAAAUGAUCUCUGUGGGUAAUCUGGAAGUACGCAUCCAAAGUCUGCAGGGGACUCAAUCCAGUCAAUUCAAAUCAGUAUAAAUAACAGUCGAACUGUCACUAGAAAAGCUGUUAUUGAAGAAUGUGUGAAACACCGUGACUGGUGCAGUUUCAAGUUUGGAUGUUUGGGCAGCUUGUUUGUACUGGAAAAAAAAAAAAGUUACUGACAGUGGAAAACGUAUCAAAACUAACACAACACACACUGAUUAUGCAGGCAUCAAACUAAACACACACUAAUAUACAAGCAAAACAAUACUGUAUAUUAUACACAUGUAUAACCCGCAAGGCAUGCUGGGUCAUUUCCAGAAAUAGUAUUGCUUAGCGUGUGUGAUUCACUGCGUGUAAAGAACACCUCCUCGAGCAACUUGUAGUUUGCCUUUGACUACUACAUGUCAAGCUUUACCAACGCAGGGCAAAAGAGAAGGGUUUUCUACCAAUAAACGUCCUAAUUAUGGAUAUUAUAAGCAAAAAAUGGGUUCAGAUUGUGAAUAUGCAGGGAUCCACUGUGUAUAAAAUGACUCUCGGACAGUAGUGAAAUGAAUUAUGUAUAUGAAUGCAUUAAGAUACAAAUGCAUUCAUAUACAUAAUUUCCCGAGUGUGUGGGUGUGUGUCUUUCUGACUUCCUGUUGCUGCUGGCUCCUUUGUCCAGGUGCAUGACUCAAUCCUGGAAAAUGGGUACAACAAAGUGUUAGAUAUUACUACAAUUGCUCACAUAUUCCAAUAAAGUAAUCCCUCGUUUACCGCAGUUAAUUAGUUCUUUAUAAAUGGAAUAUUUUCAUAGUUAGAGUGUAAAAAACCUGUUUAAGACCUUCUAAAUACGGUUUUUAACAUCAUAAGAGCUCUCCAGACAUGAAAUAACACUCCUAUGGUCACCUUUACACUUCUACUAACCAAUAUAGUACAUAAUAAGACACAUAACAGAUCAUUUUUCUACUCAUCUCAUUAAUGUUACAUUACUGACACCUACUGACCAAAGUAGAAUACUACAUACCAUCACAAAUAGGGAUGUCCCAAUCCGAUCUUCAGGAUCAGCUGCCGAGCCGCUGUAUUUUGCACUCCCAUUUCUUCCAGCUGUAUCUUUUAUUGGAUGGGCUUUUAUUGGAUCAGGGACCUGACUCACAGAGGUUUGAUCCAAAAGCCAAAUAAUAUUGUAGGUCAUGCCGUGUAAUAAAAAAGCAAAUUCAAAAAUACUUCAGUUGCAUCAUUUUUAAUGCUCUGAAGAGCUAUUUUCAUAACCAUAUUCAAUUCCACAAAUUCAUCCAUCCAUUUUCUAUGUCACUUCUCCUCAUUCGGGUCGCGGGGGUAUGCUGGAGCCUAUCCCAUCUGAUUUCAGGCAAAGGCGGAGUAGACCCUGGACUGGUCUUUGAAUGCAUCUUCUGAAUAACUUAUUUGUAUUUUAGUUUCUAGUCAUUUUUAUGCUUGAAAAUGCUCGAUAUGGCAAAAAAUGUCAAAUGUGCUUGUAUAUGCAUUUUUCUAAUAAUUGGCCAUAUUCAGCCACGAAACAGCGAUGAUUAACACAAGUGGCGAGGGACUACUGUAUGCACAGUGAGAGUUAAUAACGCCCGUUUAGUGGCAACUUUAUGCAACGCUAUUUACAUUACAUGCAGUGCAUAUGAUAUGAUACUCAAUCAGCUUUCAGUGACGAUGUGUUUGCUUUUUUAGGUUAUGAAGGUCCCCACCUUGGUAACAAAGAUGCUUUAUGACGUUAAACAUGGGCCAGGUGAGGUUUGCCUGGAAACCAAGACUGGAAAACCGAGGAUUGGUGCUGACCAACACCCUGGAGUCAAUGUUUUUUGGGGCUUUUUUGUAAUUAUUACUUUUUAAAUUAAUGUAAGGAAUUGUUUGUGAGUGUGCUUUUAUUGUGUGUGUUUUUUUUCCAUGUUAAAGUGAUGGCACUCGUUAGAGGGAAUUUUAAAAAUGCACUUUUCGUACAGUUAUAGUUCCAUGCUGUCUCCACCGUUAUUUUAUGCACUGAAGCGAAAUGAUUUCAAAAAUAGUUUCCUGUCCCCUGCCUGUCGUUUACUGACAAUCUGCUAAAAAGCUGCGUUUGUACGCGUAUUUAUUCUAAUGGAGGAUGAACAUACAUCUGCACUAACCGUUGUGGUAAAUGUACCGGUGAACAAUCAGGAUCAUUUAUCAUGUAUCCAUCGCUAUGCAUUAUUGUAUGCGUUUUAUGGAGAACUGUAUCGUAAUGCACUUAGCUGUCUGCUCUCCUCAAAGCUAUUGAAGUCAGUUGGAUGAUCACUCAGUAGUUUUAAUCUCAUUUUACAGGGAGGAAAAUGGUUAUAUUUUUUGAAAAUGCUUCGGUGAAACAUAAUGAAUAAAAAUGAAUUUACACAAAUAUCUCUGAUGCCUUUAUUUGCCUUUGAAUGUAGGUUUUGGUGCCUCGUACAGUAUUUAGUCAUUUUGGGACUCUCUGUAUUGCACUGACACUUUUUUUUUAUUCUUUACAAAAGGUGAGUAUGAGCACACUUUUUCCCUGCUGCUUAAGUCGCUAGUUACACUGCCAUGUUUAUAUACCUCCCCAAAAAUUAUUUUAGAUACAGCGAGUGAAUCAACACCUUUCUGUAAUUGAUAAGAACAUUUAGCAACACGAAAUAUAGUUGACCGCUUUAAUACUCACAUCUUUGUGAUGAAAAGCGUCACUCUCAGCUUCAUCUCUAGAACUACUGCAUUCUCCGCGGCUGACGCUUGCUGUCGUCACGUUUGUUGUGACUGGGGGAAAGGUUGACUCCUUUAGUAGUUCUGAUUUAAAAAAUAAAUAAAUAAAAAAAAAAGUUUCCUGUUUGCCGAUGACAUAGAUUAAGUGUACAUUUUUAAAUGUACUAUUGGCUACAUGAGGGGUCACCAACGUUUUUUUCUUGUGAGAGCUACUUUUACAAAAUGAAAAUGGCUACUCGUUUUUGUCACACUUACUUUCAUUGCUUGUUUCAACCCAAACAAAGCACAUACUUGUUUUAGCAGAACAUGAACAAAACGCUGGCAUCCACAACUCAUAAUUUCUAUUUCAGAAUCCUGAAAACCGAAAACCUGAAUGAAAAGGAGGCUCAUGUGGUCGUGGGGGGCUCUCUGGUGACCUCAGGGCUAUGUGGUAGCUGAUUCGAUUGUUCCCCUUUCCUAAGUCAAAACAUAUUUGACUUACUUUUUCAAAAUCGCUGGUGAAACUUUCAGGAUCAGGCGCCUUCAUUGAGGAGACUUUGGAUGCGAGGUCUGCUUGAUGGCGCUCCAGCAGGACCCCAGGCAGUCUGCACAACCGGUGUUCGCCACCGCCGACUUCGGCCGGCAUUCCAGUCCGAUGGAUCCAACCACUUUUCGGGCUAUCCGCCUUAGACCUCCGACUGCCGAGCACACACACACGAGCGCAUGUCCCGCGUUUUGGCUAAUUAGCCGCCGCCCGACCGAUGAUCACAUUGCCUGCCGCA